CUUCUACAUCCACACCAAACUCAUAACCAAACAUCGAAAACCUUCUUAUUCCCUCUAUAUAUAUCUCUUUCUCUCUCCUCAUUUUCUAUCACUUGGCAAAUAAAAUGAGUUCAAAUUUAGAUACAAUAUGGGUAUUUGCUCUAUUUUCAAAAUGCAAUGAUCUCUCUACCUUCAACCUAAUUUUCUCCUUGUUCAUCUUAACCAUAGUUUGGUUAACUAUGUCCUUAAUCUACUGGGCUCACCCAGGAGGUCCAGCUUGGGGUAAAUACAGGUUAACCCACAUAUUUCAUUGGACUAAAAAACCCAUACCUGGUCCAAGAGGUUGGCCCGUCAUUGGUAGUAUGGGCCUAAUGAUAGGCCUAGCCCACCGUAAAAUCACCGCUAAAGCCCAAACCUUCAACGCUAACCGUCUUAUGGCUUUCAGUCUCGGCGAUACGCGCGUGAUUGUCACGUGCCACCAUGACGUGGCUAAAGAAAUCCUUCACUCUUCAAACUUUGCUGACCGACCCAUCAAAGAAUCCGCUUAUAGUUUAAUGUUUAACCGGGCUAUCGGGUUUGCCCCGUAUGGUGUUUAUUGGCGGACUUUACGUCGGGUUGCUUCAACCCAUAUGUUCAGCCCAAAACAAAUUAAAGCUUCUGAGGCCCAAAGGUGCUCCAUAGUGGAAUCCAUGGCGGCCCACUUUGGAGUCCAACACGGCCCGUUUCAGCCACGAGAUGUGCUUAGACGGGCCUCGUUGAGUAACAUGAUGGGCUCAGUGUUUGGGCGGAAGUGUAGCCCAGUUGGAGGCCCAUAUAAUAAAGAGAGUGAAGAGUUGAAAGAAAUGGUGGGAGAAGGUUAUGAUUUACUUGGGAUGUUAAAUUGGGGGGAUCAUUUGAGUUGGUUAUCUGAUUUUGACUUACAAAAAAUCCGGUUCAGGUGUUCUCAACUUGUUCCUAAAGUGAACCGGUUUGUUGGUCGGGUUAUUAAUGAGCACCGAGUUAACCCGGUUCGGCCCAAUCGUGAUUUUGUUGAUGUCUUGUUAUCACUUCAAGAUUUGGAUAAACUUUCUGAUUCUGACAUGAUCUCUGUUCUAUGGGAAAUGAUAUUUAGAGGUACAGAUACAGUUGCAGUUUUAAUCGAGUGGAUCUUAGCUAGAUUAGUACUUCACCCUGAUGUACAAUCAAUGGUCCAUAAUGAGUUAGACAACGUCGUGGGAAGGUCACGUGCGGUCUCUGAGUCAGAUAUUACAUCAUUGGUCUAUUUGACGGCUGUGAUCAAAGAAGUCCUUAGGGUCCAUCCACCGGGCCCACUACUCUCUUGGGCUCGAUUGGCUAUAGAGGAUACUACAGUUGAUGGACAUCAUGUACCAGCAGGGACUACUGCUAUGGUCGAUAUGUGGGCGAUCACACGAAACCCGACAAACUGGCCCGAACCUAAUAAAUUUAACCCAGAUCGAUUUUUGGGUUCGGGGGCCGAGAAUGAGUUUUCGGUUCUCGGGUCUGACUUGAGGCUCGCCCCGUUCGGGUCGGGUAGGCGGGCUUGUCCCGGGAAAGCGCUCGGGCUCGCUACGGUUAGCUUUUGGGUUGCAUCUUUGUUGCACAAGUAUGAGUGGGUGGCUUCAGGGGAUGGUUCUACUGUGGACUUGACAGAAGUGUUAAAGCUCUCAUGUGAAAUGGCUCACCCUCUUACAGUGGAAGUGCGAAGUAGAGGUCUUAAAGUUUGAUCCUGACCUAAUUAGUAGACAUCAAUCAGAAUAUAUAUGAUACAUGGUUUUUUGUGGAAAUUAGUAAUUUUUUUGCUUUAUAUCAAUUACCCUUUCUUCCCAAAUCUAGAUUGACUAAGUGUUAUGUUGCCUUUUGAUGUUGGUGUUGAUCAAGUGUUUGUACAUAAACUACAGAUCAUAUCAAUCAGAGUGAGUCACAAAGUAAAUACAAGUACUAAUUAAGAAUGUUUUGUGUAUCAUGUAAAUAUAUAUUACCAUAAUUAUUUAUGGAUAUUAACAUAAUGUAUGGUGAAUUUUAUCUAUA